CCCGCCUUUAGGUCACGUGGACGCUGCCUGCAGGUCGCGAGAUUUGGAUUUCGCAGGUGCGGUUCCGGGCUGCGGGGUUUGUGCCCUGGGGUCCCGUGGCCCCGUCUUCCGCCCACGCCGCACCCCACGUUGCUGGGACGCCUGUGACCCGUGCCAUGGCCCCUCUCGGGAGAAAGCGCAAGGCCGCGCGCGCGCCGGGCGAGGCGGCGGAGGACAAGCGCGGGAAGCUAGCGGCGGGCGCAGCGCUGCUCAUCGAGCACUGCACGAGCUGACGCGUGUACGGCCGCCACGCCGCUGCCCUGAGCCAGGCCCUGCAGCUGGAGGCCCCAGAGCUCCCCGUGCAGGUGAACCCGGCCAAGCCCCGGAGGGGCAGCUUCGAGGUGACGCUGCUACGCCCGGACGGCAGCCGUGCCGAGCUCUGGACUGGUAUUAAGAAGGGUCCUCCACGAAAGCUCAAAUUUCCUGACCCUCAAGAGGUGGUUAACGAACUGAAGAAGUACCUUAAAUAAGGAGGUUGGCAGGAGUCCCCAUGCUGAGCUUUCAGUUCCUGGAAAUGCUGAAGCGUUUAUGAUGGUGCAUGGCCAAACUUAAGCUAUGUAUCUGAAGCCAUAGUUUCUUCCCCUCCAGAAAUGAUGGUUCAGUUGUGAGGCAAUCUUCCAGCAAGGCACUGUACAAGUAUUUUGAUUGGCUUAAUAAAAGUUAAAGUAUCUGAGA